ACGGCCGCCCCUCGCCUCCCCGCGGCGGCGGAAGGGGAGGUGGCGGCGGCGGCGGCCCCGGCUCCGCCUGCGGUGCCUCGCCGGGCGUCCCCCGGAAACGGCGCCGCGCUGCGCCGGGGCCGCCAUGGAGGACGAGGCGACGCGGGUCGCCUUCAUGGAGCGGGCCCUCGACGUGGCCCGAGGAGCGCUGGAGGUCGGGGAGGUGCCCGUGGGCUGCCUGCUGGUGUACGAAGGCCGGGUGCUGGGGGAAGGCAGGAACGAGGUGAACGAGACCAAAAACGCUACUCGACAUGCAGAAAUGGUGGCAAUUGAUCAGGUCCUGGACUGGUGCCGGCAAAACAAUAAAAAUCACGAGGAAGUGUUUUCAAACUCAGUACUGUACGUAACCGUAGAGCCUUGUAUCAUGUGUGCGGCUGCCGUGCGCUUGAUGAAAAUUCCACGGGUCAUAUAUGGCUGUCAAAAUGAGCGAUUUGGAGGCUGUGGCUCAGUUUUGAGCAUCUCAUCUGAUGAUAUGGUAGACACAGGAGAACCAUUUGAAUGCAUUUCUGGCUAUUAUGCCAAAGAAGCAGUGGAACUGUUAAAAGCUUUCUACAGACAAGAAAAUCCUAAUGCACCAAAAUCAAAAGUACGGAAAAAAGACCGUCGUAAGUAGGCCUACGCUGAUGUGAAACAGAAGUUUACAAAAACAUUGUGUGUGAAGGUUUCUUCAGCAUCCUUCUUUUUCAGAAUGUAUGGUCAAAUUAAACUAUGUUAAAUAUGUUCUAUGUGGUGUUUUUACUAAGGAGAUACUACCUGUUCCUGCGUCUCUGCCUAUGUCUGUGAUUUCUUGUUAUUAUAUAUUACCAAGCAGAAGAAUAAGUGACUCUUCUUGGGUGAGGGGAAGAUUUAUGGUUCCGGUUGAGAUGUUUACAGCCAGAUGGACCCACUAAAAUGAAGCCAUUCUGUACAGCACAUUCUAGGAUAUUUUCUUCUGCCUGGAGAAGCAUCUUGCAUUUCAAUAGCAAAUGUUUGCUUAGGGAAGUACGUAAAUCUCUUGGAAGGUUACAUUUGUGAGGCCUUCACAGUCCUGGUGCAUAUGUUUAAUCAAAAGACUAUAAGGCACUGUAUGUUCCUUGAAGAUUUGAGAUAAGACUGUUGUAACAGUUCUUCAUUGUUUUUUACACCCCCUCUAGCGUACACCAAAAUUUCAAACAAGUUCUAAAAGUCAUAUAGAUAUCUAGACAUGGAUAUAUGCAAAACAGCGCAUUUCAAUUUGCAUAUGCUAUUGCUAAUAAGCAUAAACAGACAUCACUUGGCUUUUCAUACAGCAGCAUUUUCAUACAAAGUUGUGGAGAAUGUGAAAUCUCAGACUAUCCACUCCUCUCAUGAAUAUUAGCACAAGAAAUGCUUUAUCAUUAAGAAUCUGCUAAGAGUUAUUCUCAGCUACUGCAUUAUACUAAUUAAAAUGGUCAGAUACAUGUGAAAACAAGGACAUGAAAUUGCUAAUAGAAUGAAUAAAAUAUUUGAGAUACUGUA